CGGAAGAGCCAGAAGAAGCAGCUUUACGCACAGCAUCACUCGUAGUUUUCGAUAAAACACAUUCUGCUCCUAGAGAACAUGUUUCUGCUGAGCACCGUCGCUCCCUGGCUGCUGCUGCUGCUCUUCCUCGGGCAGCAGGUCUCUCUGUCCUGCGGUGCGCGCAGUAAGAACCGAGGAGCGGACAAAGCGGUGACCUCCGGCCCCGUCAGAGGCCAGAGGAGCGGGAACAAGCUCGCAGUCAGCAACGGGAAGUUCUCCAUCAGGGACACGAUGCAGUGCACGUGGGGGUCGAGAGAGGUCCGGAGCACCGUCAGGCUGUCCGUGAAGUGCGAGGACCGGGAGACGCGCGUCCAGUGCGUCUACAACGGCAAACCGCAGAGGUGCCCGGGCUACCAGAACAACAACAAGGGCUACUGGAAACAGGUGGCCCGCGCGCUCAAAAGGCUGCAGGGCAAUACGUGCAAGGACGAGCGCGUGCAGGUGAGGGCUGCCAUGUGUAAGCGCGAGCCUCGGACCGCGCACUUCAAGCUUGACGUCUCCAGCUCCGUCGGGUCGGCUCAGUCCGGAGAACCGGAGGCCACCAAGCCGCCGCCGCCUCGCUCCGUCUCCAUCGCCGCGCCUCCGGCCGGACCGACCGCCUGCACGGUGCGCGCGGACCACCGGAAAACGGCGGAGGAGAACUGCAGCGGCUCGUGGGCGAGUGUGUGCAACUUCUUUCUGUCCAUGCUGCAGAGUGAGGACUGUUAGCUUCAGAUCACAGGAGGCGGAGGAGGA